GAGCGACGCGCAGAGCGCCACGUUGUCCUGCCCAGCCCCGGAAAAGCCAGUGAAAGGAAGAGCGUCGCGUUGGGCGGGCGCCGAGAAGUAGGCAACAUUUGCUGCUUGGCCACGAAAAUGCUGAAUGUUUGCCGGGAAGACAAUUGAAAUCAUCUCACAAAGCACCUCGUAUUCCCUCCCCCAAAAACUUAAGGAGCGCUGCAAUAUGGCUGCCGUGGGCUUUGUUCAAAGCCGGCUUUUGUUCGGAUCGGCCAUUGUUCUGCUAGCCAUAAUGCCGCCGCCGAUUGCCGCCGCCCAGAGGCACACCGCCUCGGAUAAUCCCUCGACGUACAAUAUUGGCGGCGUUCUGAGCAAUUCCGACAGCGAGGAGCACUUUAGCACAACAAUAAAGCACCUCAAUUUCGACCAGCAGUACGUGCCGCGCAAGGUCACCUACUACGACAAGACCAUUCGCAUGGACAAGAAUCCCAUCAAGACGGUCUUCAACGUGUGCGACAAGCUCAUCGAGAACCGAGUGUACGCCGUAGUCGUUUCGCAUGAGCAAACCUCAGGUGAUUUGUCGCCGGCGGCCGUGAGCUAUACGAGCGGAUUCUAUUCAAUUCCCGUCAUUGGCAUAUCCUCGCGGGAUGCGGCCUUCUCCGACAAGAACAUCCACGUCUCCUUCCUGAGGACAGUGCCCCCCUAUUACCAUCAGGCAGAUGUCUGGCUGGAGAUGCUCAGCCACUUUGCCUACACAAAGGUAAUCAUCAUCCAUAGCUCCGACACGGACGGCCGGGCCAUCCUGGGUCGCUUCCAGACCACAUCCCAGACCUAUUACGACGACGUCGAUGUGCGCGCCACAGUGGAGCUGAUUGUCGAGUUCGAGCCCAAGCUGGAGAGCUUCACCGAACACCUCAUUGACAUGAAGACGGCCCAGUCCAGGGUCUACCUGAUGUACGCCAGCACCGAGGAUGCCCAAGUUAUCUUCCGCGAUGCUGGGGAAUACAACAUGACCGGCGAGGGGCAUGUCUGGAUUGUGACGGAGCAGGCGCUGUUCGCCAACAACACACCGGACGGAGUGCUAGGCCUCCAGCUGGAGCAUGCCCACAGCGACAAGGGACACAUUAGGGACAGUGUCUACGUCUUGGCUUCGGCCAUCAAGGAGAUGAUUUCCAACGAGACCAUUGCCGAGGCUCCGAAGGAUUGUGGCGACUCGGCCGUAAACUGGGAGUCGGGCAAGCGACUGUUUCAGUACCUCAAGAACCGCAACAUCACUGGGGAGACGGGCCAGGUGGCCUUUGAUGACAACGGGGAUCGCAUCUACGCAGGCUACGACGUAAUCAACAUCCGGGAGCAGCAAAAGAAGCACGUGGUGGGCAAAUUCAGCUAUGACAGCAUGCGGGCCAAGAUGCGGAUGAGGAUCAACGACAGCGAGAUCAUCUGGCCGGGAAAGCAGCGACGGAAGCCGGAGGGCAUCAUGAUACCGACGCACCUCAAGGUGCUGACCAUCGAAGAGAAACCCUUCGUCUACGUGCGGCGGAUGGGCGACGACGAGUUUCGCUGCGAGCCGGACGAGCGACCGUGUCCACUGUUCAAUGCCUCGGAUGCCACAGCCAACGAGUUCUGCUGCCGCGGCUACUGCAUAGACUUGCUCAUCGAGCUGUCCAAGCGGAUCAACUUUACCUACGACCUGGCCUUGUCCCCCGACGGCCAGUUCGGGCACUAUAUCUUGCGGAACCACUCUGGGAUGACGCUGCGCAAGGAGUGGACGGGCCUCAUCGGAGAGCUGGUCAACGAACGUGCCGACAUGAUCGUGGCACCACUAACCAUCAAUCCGGAGCGUGCCGAGUACAUAGAAUUCUCGAAACCAUUCAAAUACCAAGGCAUUACAAUACUCGAGAAGAAACCGUCACGAUCGAGUACUCUCGUGUCUUUCUUGCAGCCGUUUAGUAACACGCUAUGGAUCUUGGUAAUGGUGUCGGUCCAUGUUGUGGCGCUCGUGCUCUACCUACUGGACAGAUUCUCGCCGUUCGGACGCUUCAAGCUCUCGCACUCGGACAGCAACGAGGAGAAGGCCCUGAACCUUAGCUCCGCUGUGUGGUUCGCCUGGGGCGUGCUUCUCAACAGCGGGAUUGGGGAGGGGACGCCACGCAGUUUCUCCGCCCGCGUGCUCGGCAUGGUGUGGGCCGGAUUCGCCAUGAUCAUCGUCGCCUCGUACACCGCCAACCUGGCCGCCUUCCUCGUGCUGGAGCGGCCCAAGACCAAGCUUAGCGGCAUCAACGAUGCCCGACUGCGUAAUACAAUGGAGAACCUUACUUGCGCCACCGUCAAGGGCUCCUCGGUGGACAUGUACUUCCGCCGUCAGGUGGAGCUCUCGAACAUGUACCGCACGAUGGAGGCCAAUAACUACGCCACCGCCGAGCAGGCCAUCCAGGAUGUGAAGAAGGGCAAGCUGAUGGCCUUCAUCUGGGACUCUUCGCGGCUGGAGUACGAGGCUUCCAAGGAUUGCGAGCUGGUCACUGCCGGCGAGUUAUUCGGACGAAGUGGCUACGGAAUUGGACUGCAAAAGGGUUCGCCCUGGACGGAUGCGGUUACUCUGGCCAUCCUGGAGUUUCACGAGAGCGGCUUCAUGGAGAAGCUGGACAAGCAGUGGAUCUUCCAUGGUCAUGUCCAGCAAAACUGCGAGCUCUUUGAGAAAACGCCCAACACUCUGGGAUUGAAAAACAUGGCGGGGGUGUUCAUACUGGUGGGCGUGGGCAUUGCCGGCGGCGUGGGUCUGAUCAUCAUCGAGGUCAUCUAUAAGAAGCACCAGGUGAAGAAGCAGAAGCGCCUGGACAUUGCCCGACAUGCGGCGGACAAGUGGCGUGGCACUAUCGAGAAACGGAAAACUAUACGCGCGUCCCUGGCGAUGCAACGCCAGUACAACGUCGGCCUGAACUCGACGCACCCACCGGGUACCAUCAGUUUGGCGGUGGACAAGCGCCGGUAUCCUCGCCUGGGCCAGCGGCUGGGCCCGGAGCGAGCCUGGCCCGGGGAUGCUGCCGACGUGCUUCGCAUUCGGCGGCCCUACGAGCUGGGCAAGCCCGGCCAGAGCCCCAAGGUGAUGGCGGCCGGCCAGCCGGCGAUGCCCAUGCCCAUGCUGGGCAAGACACGGCCCCAGCAGAGUGUCCUGCCGCCGCGGUACUCGCCGGGCUACACCAGCGACGUUUCGCAUUUGGUCGUCUAAGUUAACACUUGCCAAGGCAGCUAGUAUAUAGGAUCAGUAUUAUCAUUGCUCAAGACACUGCUCAAGAACUCAAAAUCGUUUGUUAUCGCCGGAUGGCCACGAUGGCCGGGACCGCGGAGGAACUCGUAUGAUUUGUACGCACCUGUUUGGAGUUUAUUCGUUGCCGGAACGACGGUCCUGUGCCCGCAAUAAUCUGUUAUAUCAGAGUCUAGGUGUAUUUAUUGGAUAGCUUAUUAAGUUUUUGGAGUUUUCGAUGAAUUUGUUACGAGAGUGAAGGGAUACCGGGAGUACUAGGAUUUCCAUCAGAUUUAACGCUUUCAAUGUGCUUACUGCCCCUCUUAGACCCUAUAUCUCGCUUUAGCUGUUUACCGCAUUUCGAUAGAACUCUCCUCUGACCCACUUAAUAGAAUACCCAUCUCUUAAGAUUACUAACAUUCUCAACUCGUUGAACGUGAGACCAGAAACUUUUGCAAUAGCUUCGACUCAUCACAAGACCCACCCAUUGUUACCAGAUGUUUACUAAACUAUACUCAUCUAAACUGAUCUCAAACCCGAUUUUCGAUCUGGCCAUAGUCUUGCCUCAACUGAAAGCUCCGAUUGCCCGUACAACUUAUACACCUUAUAUUUUCUCUUGAAUAGAAAACCAAAACUUAAGAUUGCCACUGUGGACCCAGAACCCUGCUAAGGAAGGGCCCAUCCAGAGAAGCAAUUAAUUAAACAAAACGAAAGUUAAUCCCA